ACCAACACACAAGCAGUCCAACACCACUGGUGGGGUACCACUGCAUCACUCUGUUUUGAUUAUUUUAUUUAUAAAGUACUACUUUACUACACAAUAAAAACAUUAAUUGUUAGAGAUUCUAAACAUGUAGUGAAAUAAUUGUUGCAUGCGAAUCUCAACUCAACUCAACUCAACUAGUACCUAAAAAAUACAAAACAAUCUGUUUUCACUAAUUUAUUUACUUUUAUUCAAAUCAUUUUUAUUUGUUGUUUAUUUUGUAUUUAACACUUUAAACAUCCGGCCGCACGCGGACAAUACUCAACUCAACGACAACGUCAACUUUAUUUAAUUGUUACCUCACUCACAGACUACAGUGUGUUCCAGUAUUUAAAUUGUUUUGUGCAGUGAAAUGUAUAAAUUCUUAAUAAUUUUUGUGCUUUAUCAAUUGUUUUCUAUGACAAUUAUUCUAUGCCAAGAAAAUUCACAAUGCAUAACGCCAACGGAGCUAGAUGGUAUCUGCAUUAACAUCAAAAAUUGUCCACCACUCAUAGAAGCUUUAAGAAGAAGUAAGCAAAAUCCAAAUUAUCGAGAACUUUUGCAACAAUCUCGCUGUGGUCAACAAAAUCGAGAUGUUCUUGUUUGUUGUCCUGGGCAAGCUAAGCCUGAUCAACCAAAACAGAAGGAAGCGAUGACACAACAAACAUAUCCGUUACCGUCUGCAGAUGUUUGUGGAUCCCAGGCCAAAGAUGCCGAAUUGCCACGUAUUGUGGGAGGUUUUGAUGUGAAUGCUGGACAAUUUCCAUGGGUGGUUGCCCUUGGCUACAGUGAAUCUCGUUCUGAACCAAAUUGGCUAUGUGGAGGUACAAUUAUUACCCAACGACAUAUUCUAUCUGCUGCACAUUGUAUUCGGGAUGAUUUAUAUAUAGUUCGGUAUGGAACCUUAAAUAUUCACACGGAUCCUUAUCCAAGAGAUGUUUUGGUUGAAGAAGCCAGGCGCCAUGAACAAUACGAUGCCACGUAUAUAUCAAAUGACAUUUCAAUCAUUAAAGUUGCCGAGGAUAUUCAAUUUACAGAUACUCCUCUAGUUCGUCCAAUUUGCUUGCCUGUGGACCCGCCAAUUAGAAAUAUGAAAUUCGAAAGGACAUACCCAUUUGUUGCUGGUUGGGGCUCAUUGUGGUUUAAUGGUCCAUCAAGUGACCGUUUACAAGGUUUACAAUUGCCGAUAGUAACAAACGCACAAUGCAAAAAUAAAUUUGCCAAUUUUAAAUCGGCUGUCAUUGAUGAUCGUGUUAUUUGUGCUGGUUUCACCAAAGGUUCGAAAGAUUCAUGCAGAGGUGAUUCUGGGGGUCCUUUAAUGUGGCCAUACGCACCACCGGGCUCUGAACAAAAACAAAUUAAAUUUUUUCAAAUCGGCGUUAUUUCGUAUGGAUAUCGAUGUGCUGAGCCCGGAUUUCCUGGUGUUUAUGUACGUGUUACCCAAUAUAUUGACUGGAUUUUAAGCAAACUUUAUUAAAUGAUGGAGCAAAAAACCUACUAGUUACUAAAAAGCUACUCAAUUUUUUUUUUUUCUUAUUUACUAAAACCAAAAAUACGAUUUAUCUUCGAUUUUCAAAAAUUAUGUAACGAAAAGUGACACGUUAAAAAUUACUACGAUAAGGAUUAUCAAAAUUCUUUUAAUAUGACAUCAUACAAUUUGUCAUUAUACCUACAGCCAAAAUCGGUUAUAACGACAUGGACAUGGUAAAAACCUACAAUGAUGGUCCUUGAUAUAUCACACAGUCGUUAUAAACGAUUUUGACUUUCUCUGCUCCUAAAAUGGGUCCAAGAUAACAAAGUUAUAUAUCUGCAAAUAUUGUAAAUAUUUAAAUAAACAAAAUAUGUGGAGUUUUACUUUUGCGGAUUGAAUGAAUAUUUGAGGGGAGGUGAGCUGACCUGACCUAACUAAUUUAAUUGUUAAAUAAAAAAUAUAA